UCUUUCAUCUGUCCCACAAGGUCACCAGUGUCGUCCCUGAGAGCGCUCUGCUCAUCGUUCUGGGCCUGGUGCUGGGUGGCAUCGUCUGGGCAGCUGACCACAUUGCCUCCUUCACACUCACACCCACGCUCUUCUUCUUCUACCUGCUACCCCCCAUUGUGUUGGAUGCUGGAUACUUCAUGCCCAAUCGACUCUUCUUUGGUAACCUGGGCACCAUUCUGCUAUAUGCUGUCAUUGGCACCAUAUGGAAUGCAGCCACCACAGGAUUGUCCCUCUAUGGUGUCUUCCUCAGUGGCCUAAUGGCUGGGAGACAGCAGAUUGGACUCCUGGAUUUCCUGCUUUUUGGUAGCCUCAUUGCUGCUGUGGACCCUGUGGCUGUGCUGGCUGUGUUUGAGGAAGUCCAUGUCAAUGAAGUUCUUUUCAUAAUUGUUUUUGGAGAGUCACUGCUGAAUGAUGCAGUGACUGUGGUCUUGUACAAUGUUUUUGAGUCUUUUGUGACGCUGGGUGGUGACAAGGUGACUGGCGUGGAUUGUGUGAAAGGCAUAGUGUCCUUCUUCGUGGUGAGCCUAGGGGGCACUCUGGUGGGUGUUAUCUUCGCCUUCCUGCUGUCCUUGGUGACUCGCUUCACCAAGCAUGUGCGUAUCAUCGAGCCUGGCUUCGUCUUUGUCAUUUCCUACCUGUCUUAUCUGACCUCCGAGAUGCUGUCCUUGUCAGCCAUCCUGGCCAUCACCUUUUGUGGCAUCUGCUGUCAGAAGUACGUGAAGGCCAAUAUCUCAGAGCAGUCGGCCACCACUGUGCGCUACACCAUGAAGAUGCUGGCCAGUGGAGCAGAGACCAUUAUCUUCAUGUUCCUGGGCAUCUCAGCUGUGGACCCCCUCAUUUGGACAUGGAACACGGCUUUUGUGUUGCUGACGCUGGUCUUCAUUUCUGUAUACCGAGCCAUUGGUGUUGUUCUGCAGACCUGGAUCCUGAAUCGUUACCGCAUGGUGCAGCUAGAGACCAUUGACCAGGUGGUCAUGUCCUAUGGUGGCCUGCGUGGGGCAGUGGCCUAUGCCUUGGUGGUGCUUCUGGAUGAGAAAAAAGUCAAGGAGAAAAAUCUGUUUGUUAGCACCACUCUCAUUGUGGUCUUCUUCACAGUCAUCUUUCAGGGCCUGACUAUUAAGCCCCUGGUGCAGUGGCUGAAGGUGAAGAGGAGUGAACAGCGUGAGCCGAAGCUCAAUGAGAAGCUACAUGGUCGGGCUUUUGACCACAUCCUCUCUGCCAUUGAGGACAUCUCAGGACAAAUUGGACACAAUUAUCUCAGAGACAAGUGGUCCAAUUUUGAUAGGAAGUUCCUCAGCAAAGUCCUCAUGAGAAGAUCGGCUCAAAAAUCUCGAGAUCGGAUUCUGAAUGUUUUCCAUGAGCUGAAUUUGAAGGACGCUAUUAGCUAUGUGGCUGAGGGAGAGCGCCGUGGGUCCCUGGCCUUCAUCCGCUCCCCAAGUACGGACAAUAUGGUCAAUGUGGACUUCAGCACACCCCGCCCAUCUACUGUGGAGGCAUCUGUCUCCUAUCUCUUGAGGGAGAAUGUCAGCACUGUAUGCCUGGAUAUGCAGUCCUUGGAGCAGAGGCGGAGGAGCAUUCGUGACACUGAGGACAUGGUCACCCACCACACACUGCAGCAGUACCUGUACAAGCCUCGGCAGGAGUACAAGCAUCUCUAUAGUCGGCAUGAGCUAACACCCAACGAGGAUGAAAAACAGGACAAGGAAAUCUUCCACAGGACCAUGAGGAAGCGCCUGGAGUCCUUCAAGUCAGCCAAGCUAGGCAUCAACCAGAACAAGAAGGCAGCCAAGCUGUACAAGAGGGAGCGUGCACAGAAGCGGAGGAAUAGCAGCAUUCCUAAUGGGAAACUUCCCAUGGAGAACCUGGCACACAACUUCGUCAUCAAGGAGAAAGAUUUGGAACUUUCAGAGCCUGAGGAGGUCACCAACUAUGAAGAGACCAGUGGGGGCAUUGAAUUUCUGGCCAAUGUCACCAAGGAUGUAACCUCUGAAUCUGGGGCAGGAAUUGAUAAUCCGGUGUUCUCCCCUGACGAGGACCUGGACCCAAGCAUCCUAUCCAGGGUGCCGCCCUGGCUGUCCCCUGGGGAGACGGUGGUGCCCUCUCAGAGGGCCCGUGUCCAGAUUCCCAACUCUCCCAGCAACUUCCGCCGUCUGACACCAUUCCGCCUCAGCAACAAAUCAGUGGAUUCCUUCCUGCUGGCCGAUGGCCCUGAGGAACAGCUCCAACCCGCUUCCCCUGAGUCCACACACAUGUAA